CUUGUGGAGUUCGUCUUUUAGUCGGGUUUGAGAUGUUAGACUGUUAAGUUGUGUCUUUCCGAGUGACCGCUAAGUUGUCGUAAGCAGCAAGACCAAAAGAAAGUUAAAAGACGAAAGAGAAGGAGCGGAAAAGAAGAAGAAGAAAAAAAGAAUUAAAAAACUCGUGCCAACGAAGGCCUGUGUUUUUGUUUUUGGUGCAAGCCAAGCUGUUUUGCGUUUUGUUUUUCUCUUUCUCUCUCUCUCUUCUACUUCUGUAUUUUGUUUUAUUUGCGACGGAAUCUGUGUACUCAGGUGGAUAUUAUUAACAAAAAACAAAAACAACAAUUUCUGAAGAUACAACAACGAUACUUCAGGUCGAUCGAAUCCAUCGAUCGCAAACAAUAGAAAGACGAUUAGGACCGUGUUAUUGAUUUUCGAGUGGCGUGGCAAUAGCCGCAAAGUCGAGAUAAGUCGUUUUGUCAUUUACAAAGUGAAUUCCGGUGAAUAUUUCGCACUGUGCUGGUGUGCAACUUGAAAUAUAUAAAUUCAAAUUGUGUCAAAAAGUGAUUAAUGAAAAUUAAACCCAAAGAAACAUAGCGCAAAUUAAAAAAGUAACAACCAAUUGCAAUUUGUAAAAGCGAGCAAAAUAUAAACAAAUCAAGAAAUAUCAACACGCGCUCACUCGCGAUCAUUAGGAAUAUUACUACUGUCCAACAAAUAGCCGAAACCGAAAGCAAAAGGAGAAACAAAUCUCGCAAAAAGAAUAUUUUGCAAUCAUCUUGAACCACACAAAAAAGUGAAUUGUAAUGUCAAAUACCAAAGUGUCCACAUUGCAAAAACCUGCUAACCUAAUUUUUUAACAAAAAAUGCUACGAGUGUAAAUUAUUUUUAAUUAAAAUAAAAAAAUCAUAUUUCAGACAUGUGAUUGAAUCAUUAUAAAAAUUUUUCAAAAUUAUAGCAAAACAAAAAGCCAGCAAAAUAAAGCAAUCAUUUAAAUAUUGUAUUUAAGUGUUACAACGGAAAAAAUAAAUUGUAAAAUUGCACAAAUCAAUUUUGAGAAAAUAAUAAUAAGAGCAAAACAAAACAAAAAGAAAGAAAAUAUUUUCUUAAAUCAAAUAAAUUGACAUAGAAAUCCGAUAAAUUGACAUAGAAACGACGACCCAGAUUGGGCAAUAUUAAACAAAUAACAUGGCCGUAAAUAACGAUCAGCAGCCACAGUUGUGGCCACACCAUUUACAACGGCUUCAACACAACCCGCGGCAGCGUAAACAACGAAAAUCACCACUACCAAGUUGGCUAACCAUUUUGGCCAUUUGCAGCGUGUACCUCUGCUGUCUAAUGCACAUUACCUCCGCACAUGUGGCGCUAACUUAUCCACCUGCACGAAAAUACGAUUUAGAUUUCUUGGAUAAUUCACGUACCAAAGGACCAUGCGGAAUGCCGAAAGGUUCCAUAAGAACGUCACUCUUGGCUGGCACCAAAUUCAACGUCACAUGGCACUUGGCGUAUCCUCACCGGGGUGGCUAUCGCCUACAACUAUUGGAUAACUUUGAGAGGCCAAUGAUUGAGCUGACUCCGCAAGGUGAUAGUAGUGGUUUUCUAAAACACGAUUCCACUGCCCAAAGCCAUGAAGUGUCACUGCCCGCUGAUAUGGAGUGUCGCAACUGUUCCAUACGUCUGCUACGACAAGCUGUGGAAUGGUCAACGGACUAUCUCUUCUGGUCCUGUGCCGAUAUUGAUAUUCUUACUCGUAAAGAUUUUAGGGAAACUUGCUCAGGUAAUGGCAAAUAUUUCCCCUCUCGCUGCAAAUGCGAAAAGGGUUUCUAUGGACCCCAGUGCCAAUACAAGGACGAGUGUACCAGCAAUGCCGAUUGUGGCAUCCAAGGGAAAUGUAUUGACAUUCAGGGAACAACUUUGCCACGUAAGCAAUGUUUCUGUAAUUUCGGUUGGUUCGGACCCAGCUGUAACAAGAGAUCGCCCUACAAAACCACGGAAAUGGACCUGUCUGCCUACUCGAUGAAACAACUGUCGCCUGACUAUCAGAUGUACUGGCGUCUGAUGGAAGAGCAAAAAGAAAUUGAAAUUGUACUGAAAGUGAACAGUACAACAUGGGUUGGUGUUGGCUGGAGACCACGAUCUUCGACAAAGGAAUGUAAGAAUUUCCCCCUGAUUAGAGAUAUUGGGGAUUUGACCACAACCAUUGAAAGUUCCGGUUCCGGUUCAGCUUCUGCAGAACCUGAACCAAAAUCUGAACCCGAACCAUCAUCAGAGCCCGAACCCAAGUCGGAACCCGAACCAUCCUCUGAGCCGGAACCAAAAUCAGAACCAGAGCCCGCCUCCGAACCUGAACCCAAGUCAGAACCCGAGCCUUCUUCGGAGCCCGAACCCAAAUCAGAGCCAGAACCAUCUUCGGAACCUGAACCAAAGUCAGAGCCUGAACCAAAAUCAGAACCAGAACCCCAAUCUGAACCAGAGCCUACUUCAGAACCCGAACCUCAAUCUGAACCAGAACCUUCGUCCGCCACAAAAUCUAAACGUGAAACUCAUUUUGAAGAUGAUGCAAGACGCCGUAGACGCGAUGUACCAGAUACACAAUAUGAGCCACAGUCACAUCCCGAACCCACAUCUGAACCUGAACCAAAAUCCGAACCGGAACCCACCUCGGAACCUGAACCAAAAUCGGAACCGGAACCAGAACCAUCCUCUGAACCGGAACCAAAAUCGGAACCGGAGCCAACUUCAGAACCAGAACCUCAAUCGGAACCUGAACCAUCAUCCGAACCAGAACCAAAAUCAGAGCCGGAACCAUCAUCGGAGCCUGAACCCAAAUCUGAGCCGGAACCAUCGUCGGAGCCUGAACCCAAAUCUGAGCCGGAACCAUCAUCUGAACCCGAGCCCAAAUCAGAGCCCGAACCUUCAUCUGAGCCAGAGCCAAAGUCAGAACCGGAACCCUCAUCUGAACCAGAGCCAAAGUCGGAACCAGAACCUACAUCUGAACCCGAGCCCAGAUCAAAUGGCAGACCAAAACCGAAGCCAUUCUCCAAACCCGAACAGGAACCCUCUGCUGAGCCCGAACCCAAGUCUGCACCUAUCAAACAAAAUGUUGCACCACAAAAGAAAAACCCAGAUGCCAAGUACAAACUGAAUCCCUACACACCUCGUCACGAUUUCAAUCCCAUGGACUGCACCGAUGUGAUCAUCGGCACUGCUCGAGGCAUGGCCAGUCGUGUGGGCGACUACUACAGCAGAGACAGAUCGACUCCAAAACUUGAUGAAGUGUUUGGCGGCAAACAGGAUCUGACUCUGGCCACAGGCUACGAAAAGGAUGGUGUCACAACGAUUAUAUUCCGCAAGAAACUUACAGCCAGCGAGCCCACAGAUCACUCCUUGACCGAUACUUUGACCCAUGUCAUUUGGGCCAAGGGUCAGGAAUUGAACAACUAUGUUCACAUACCAGCCUCUGGCAUGGAAACCGAUAUGGCCGCCAUGAAAGAGUUCUAUUAUCCGGAUGAAUUGAAAUACCAUGGCCACAACAUGCAGCGGGGUGUUGCCCUAAUCAAUUUCUUCGAAAAAGAAAAACCCAAAACAGUCGAUGGUAUGCCCGAUGAAUCGGCCAAUGUUUUGGACAACGAUUGCUUUGGCCACUGGAAAUAUCCUGCAAGUUGUUCACCUCAGAAUCACACGUGCGAAUACUAUGUCUCGUGGGAGACGAUUGGUCGCGGUGACGAAAUGCGUUGGCACAUUGAAACUUCAAACACCCAGACCUGGACUGGCAUUGGAUUCAGUAACGAUGAGAAGAUGUCUCAAACGGAUUCCAUAAUUGGUUGGGUUGAUCGCAAUGGACGCCCCUUCCUCAUGGACACCUGGAUUAAUGGUUAUUCUUCUCCUAAGCUGGACGACCGUCAGGAUCUUUACAAUGCCGAGGGUCGCAUAGAGAAGGGUGUUACCAUUUUGGAAUUUACCCGCAAAAGAAUUAGCAAUGAUGCUCAGGAUUUGUCCUUUACCGAUGAUCAUUGUCUCUAUUUGUUCUUCCCCGUUUUGGGUGGUGCUUUCAAUGCUGUGAACAAAAAAAUAAGGAAACAUGAAAAUAUUCCAGUUGUUUCACCGACUCGUGUUUGCAUCAAAUCUUGCGGAAAAGAAUUAUUAGAUGCCGGUAGUGCCCCAACUACACCAGAGCCCAAUCGUUUAGUUUAUGCUGUCGGCGUUAAAUUAAUGAACCUGGCUGAAUCCUUUGAAGCACCAGCCCCCGGUUCGGUAGAAUUCAAAAAUUUGGCUGCCACCAUUUCAGAUUCAUUCAAUGGUGUUCUGAACAACAUACCCGGUUACUAUAAAACAGAUAUUUUAGGUUUUGAAAAAGAUGGCGCUACUUCGAUGAUUGCCAAAUUACAGGCCAUGUUCGAUAAGGAUGACUAUGAGAAGGGUUAUGCUGUCACAACCAAUAAUAUUCCCCUGGAAGAGUCCAUGAAGAAUGGCGAAGUAAUCGAAAUGGCCUUAAGAGAAACGAUUGCCUCCGGCAAAGUUGGCUCAUUAACAGUUGAUCCACAAUUUUUGGAUUUCAAAGCUCUGGAAUACAAAUCUAUAUCCGAUUCCGAUGACGUCAAAUUAUCAUUCUUCGAGUUGUCUGAAGUUCGUCUGUAUAUUGUAUUGGGUCUUAUUGCUGCUUUAGUUUUUAUAGCACUGAUUCAGGCCUCUUGCACCAUAUACAAGACAUCUCGAAAGAAUAAAUCGAAUAAGGAAAAUCUCAUCCAGAAUUCAGCAUGGAAGGAAUACUCGUCGAACACUAACUACGCCUUCGAUCCUUAUGGCGAAACUGAAGAAAAGAACGGUACUUCGCACAAAGACAAAUCUUCACGUAAUCGUCCCUCUAGCAGUCAGCAGACAACACUACAAAUGUCCCAUUCGCCAACCAACAAAUCGCAAAUGUACAACGGCAACGCUGGCAGCAACGGCAAUAAUACCCAAGAGUACCGCAGUAAUGGUCGUUCGCAUCGCAGUGAUCGCGAAAGGAAUGGCCACGCCCACAGCAAUGACCAUCAAACUCCAUCGGCUUCAUAUACACGUGGUGGUGGCAGUUCGUACACCGACCGGGCUUAUUCGCUGCCACGACAACAACAUAUGCAGCAACAAGCAAACAUGCAACCCUCAGGGUAUUACACGCAGGAUCGACGUGAUCGCAGUGCCCAUAGAAAUGGUGCUCACUAUCGUGAUCGAUCACGCGAGGAUCCACGUUUGGUGUCAAAUGGUGGUGCCGAUACGCCAGACUUCUAUUUCAUGCCAUCGCAGCGUAAGUAUUCGGGUGAAGUAGUACGUGUCUAUGUCGAUUAUAAUAAGGAUCCAAAGCACUAAAUAUUUUUGUUGUAACAGAAGUGGUGCGUUAGGGUAAUUAAAACUUGUUAAACAAUCAGAAAAUGAAAAAUUAGUCACUUAUUAUUUUUUUUAUUCAACAACGAAGCCAUGGUAGAAGAAUACAGGUAAUCGCAUCGACACAUCUGCUGGGACAAUAAACUGUCAAACAAAUUUUGGAAUGGAAAAUUUUGAAUGAAAAAUCAUUUAAAUUCGUUAAAAUUGUUAAAAAAUGUAUAUCAUAACAUCCUCCGAUUGUCGUCGUAUAAGAAGACAUUUAAAAUUUUUGACAUAUCAAUGUUCCCAAGCGUUGAUGCAUCUACCUGUAUUCUUUUACCAUGAACGAAUCCCUGUCUAAUAGCACGUUUACAUACAAAAUCUGUACACGGGUUAACCGGGGUAAUUGACGAAUCGCAAUAAAUGUAAAUGUAACGCAUAUCAUAUUUUGUGUGAUCUGUCAAUUAUCAGGGUAAAAAGUACGUUUACAUACAAAAUUUCUAUCCGGAUUAAUUCCGAUAAUUGAUCAAUCACAAUAAAUUUAAGGUAUGUAAAAUAUAGCCAGAUUUAUUGUAAUUGUUUAAUUACCAACGUACUUUAAAUCCACCCGGGUUAACCCUGAUAAUUGACCAAUCACAAUAAAUGUACCAUACUUUCUCCAUCGUCAAAUUUAUUGUGAUUGGGCAAUUAUCAGGUUUAUACAAACCUCAGGGUACAUACAAACCUUUACCCUUGUUAACCGUGAUUAUCGAUCAAAAAUAAUAAAUUUAAUAUAAGUUUUCCAUUGACAAAUUUAUUUAAAUCAAUCACGUUCUAAUGCUUAAAGCAGAUCAAGAUUUGUUUGUAAACCCACUUUUUGAUAGGCGAUUUAAACAUAAAACAAACACCCCUUAUUCAUGACACAUUCAUAAUCAAUUCCAAAUAAUUUAUAACAAUUUCAAUAAUUAUAAGUAAUCAAAAACAAAAAACUGACAAAUUUCCUUAAACACACAAUAUUAAUAAUAGUUGAAAUCUAUAACCUCUUAACUCUAAAAUAAAUCUGUCAAUUACAUCGAGAAUGCGUUAAAUGAAAUUCGCUGGUUGUAAGAUUUGACGCAUGAGUAGUGGAAUCGACAUUUUAAAUCCACUGGAUUCAUUAUAUGUAAACGCACUACAUUUUUAUCCAAAUGUGGUUUUUGUCUUCACAAGUUAAACAUUUUUUUAAUGAUUUAGUGAGCAAUGGUAAUGUUUCAAAAUAAAAAAAAAACAUCGUCGACUGCAGUGUCCAUGUGCCUUCAAAAAUGAUUUAAUCUUCAAACAAUAACUAAUUUUACAGUCUUUAUUUAUACCUAGGCAGAAUUAAAAAGGUAAAGCCAUGCAAUUAUAUCUUUACAAUCUUUUUUAAUUAUUAAUUUGACAACAUUUCAUUGUCAAAAUGUAUAUUUAUAAAUUGCACAUACACACAUCAGAGAUGGGAACCUGUUUUUUAUACAGUGAAAUUUGUCAAGGUAAAUUACAGAAAAUGCAGAGAUGGCAAUGCUUAUUUGAAAUUACUUUACCUUCUUAAUUUUGCCAUGUUCAUACCGUUAAGAAAUGUCAGUGGGGCGCAAGUUUUUUCACUUAUUGAUAAGCAAAACAAGUACCAAGAUGGCAACCGAAUCAAUGAUAAUCAUCAUCAUCAUGAUAAUCGAAAAAUCAAGAUUAAAAACUUCCAUUCCAUUGCCUAUAAGUAGGUUUAGACUUAUUAAAUUGAGUGGAAUUUAACUGUCAAUUUCCUUGAGUAUACGUCAAAAAAAUCCACUGGAUUUACGAAUACGAUUUACGUGAUGUAUGCGCCAUGGUAGAAGAAUACAGGUAGUCGCAUCGACACAGCUGCUGGGACAAUGAACCGUCAAACCGAUUUUGAAAUUGAAAAUGUUGAAUAAAAAAUUAUUAAAAUUUGUAAAAAUUUUUGAAAAAUGCAUAUUAUAACAACCUCCGAUAUGCGUCGUAUAAAAAAAAAAAAACAUUUAAAAAUCUACUUAUUUUGAUAAAACAAUUUUGACAUAUCAAUGUUUCCAAGCGUUGAUGCAAAGACAUAACCUCGGUCAUAGCGAAAGUCAAAUGUUAAUGUCAAAAUUUAUCUGCUAUUUGGUUACAUUUCGUACUGGGAUUUAAAUUACAAUGAUGUUUUUUGUCGGCUCGUCUCUCAUAAAUGAAGUGCCUAUUUUUUCCAUGACUUUGGCCAUGCAGUAAAUUCUUUCGUUAUGUGAAUAUUUUUUCUACUAAGGUCGCGUUUCGUCGCAUCAACACAGCUGCUGGGACAACGAACUGUCAAAUCAAUUUUGAAAAAUUAAUUCAAAUUCGUUGAAAAAUGCAUUUCACUACAAAAUCCGAUUGGCAUCGUAUAAGAAAACAUAUAAAAAUCUACUUAUUCUUGAAAAAAAAAAACAAACGUUUUUAAAUGUUUGACAUAUAAAUGUUCCCAACCCGUACUCUACUACCAUGACAAAUAGCAAAAUGUAAACAAACAUUAACAUAUAUAGCCUGUUCCAGAACUGCAAGAAUGCAAAAUUUUUUACCCUUUAUGAUAUAAAUUAUAGCAAACCUAGUAGAUUCUUGUAGGUUCUGGAACAGUAUAUUUUCAUUUUGAAAAGAUGGUCUUUAAAGUACGUUUACAUAUAAACUUUAUUCAGGUUAACCUUGAUAGUUGGCCCAGCACCAUAAAUUAUGGAAAGCAAACAUUAAAACUACUUAAAUUGGUAAACGUACUUUAAUCUAGUCAGUGCAAUAUUAUUUGACAUUCUAAAUGGGGACCUAAUUUUGUAGAAUCCUUUUCUCAAAGGAAACUCAUAUGUGCAUUGUCGUCCUUUGUAAAUAUGUUAAUAAUCACAAAGGGAGUGAUUUUUUUAAUGUGAAUGCAAUGAAAUUGACAGUUAAAAAAUACUGGCUUACCAUGGUAGAAGAAUACAGGUAGAUGCAUCAACGCUUGGGAACAUUGAUAUGUCAAAAAAUUUUAAAUGUCUUUUCAAAUAUAAGUAGAUUUUAAUACGUUUUCUUAUAGGACGUCAUUUGGAGGUUAUUUAAAUAUGCGUUUUCAACAAUUUUUACAAAUUCAAAUAAUUUUUCAUUCAAUAAUUGGUUUGACAGUUCAUUGUCCCAGCAGCUGUGUCGAUGCGUCUACCUAUAUUCUUCUACCAUGCUGGUUUACGUACAAAUAUAUGACGUUUAUAAUUUGUAUUAAAACUGAUUAAUGUUUACGCCAGCAUGAGUAUUUUCAGAAAUACAAUGUAAACCUGACCUUUUUACGCAAAUGUAAUAUUUAAACGAAUUUUCAGAAUAUUGAAAGGAAUGAAACGCAUUCAAAAUUGUGAAAGGCAAUUAUUUAUUGUUUUUAAACUGAUUUUCACAAAAAUUCUUACAACAAAUGCAUAUGUUAGAUAAGUCAAUUUAUAAUUUGCUCUAUUGUUAUAUUAGAAAUAUGACAAUAAUAUACAUCACCUCAAAUUUAGUCAUUGUUAAUGUUUAAACGAAGACAUAAAGCAGUACAUUAUCAUAAUUAUAAAUAAAAAAACGAAACAUUUCAGAGAUUAAAAUAACUGCGAAAUUGUUAUAGUAUGCGAUAUACUGUCAUGUAAAUAUUUGUUUGUAAUUUAGCCUAAAUGAGAAAGAUACAAAAUCAAUUCAUAUUCGUUAUUGUAUACCCAAAAAUACACAGAAAUUAAUUGUUCAAAAAAGGACAUGGAGAAUGGCUUUGUUUACAAACGACAUUUUCUUUCAGUGUAGUCCAUAAAAUGCUUACGUGUUGUAUUUGCGAAUAAGUUUUAUAUAAAUCCAUGGCAUAGUCACAGAUUGUGUAUGUUUAUUUUUUUAUUGUAAUUUGUACGUAUGUAUAUUUAUCCUUAAUUAUAUGCAUAAAUAUAAAUAAAACACCCACAUAUAAAUAUAUGUAUAGCAAAUAAUUAAUUAUUAGUUUUUUUUUGUUUCAAUAUUUAAAAUUUUUUCUCUUAAUUAGUUUGUUUAAUACUAUGUAAAAAUUAAUAUCAUUAUUUUUUAAAUGUUUAUUAAAUUUAUUAAAUGAAUAAGUAAAUAAAAUGUACAAAA